GAAACCACUGCACGUUAAUCCUGCUGGAGUCUGCACUGUGAGGACGGAUUACAAUCAUCUCUAAUGCACUUGAAGAUGAAGCAUUAAUACAGUAGUAUCCCGAUUCAUUUUAACCUGGCAUGGCAUAGACUUUUCUCUUUUUUUAACUGUAAGGUGAGGUUCAUCUGCAGAAGCUGAUCCGAUCUCUGCGCGCUGCACACAGAAGGAGCGAUGCAUUGGGGUUAACAGGUGCUCCCGCUUUUUGUUUCGUCUUGGGAAGGAGUUUUUAUUUUGGAGGUAUGUGCGUUUUGAACUUUACACGAGGCUCUCGGGUUGUGCGAGCAAAAUCAGCCCAGGGAAAAACUUGAGAAAACUAUUGCUUCAAAAACAAACAAACAAACAAAACAAAACAAAAAAAAACUUUCAACGUAUGAAAUGAGUCGCAGGGUCGCUUUGUCCAGUGCGACCAAACUCCUCCAGAUCAAAGACAGAGUUAGAUGAAUGGACCGCAGGAUGUUUUCUGGUCAGGGUGCCGUGAAUCACAGCUUCAACCAGAGCGGUGGCCUGGAGCCCGGCGACGCGUCUGCGGGCGCGGCGAAGCUCUCCCCGGCUGGCUUCGUCGUGCUCUCCGUCGUCCUGGGCUUCAUCAUGACUUUCGGCUUCCUGAACAACUUCAUAGUGCUGCUGCUGUUCUGCAAAUUCAAGAAGCUGCGCACGCCGGUGAACAUGCUGCUGCUCAACAUCAGCGUCAGCGACAUGCUGGUGUGUUUGUUUGGCACCACGCUCAGCUUCGCCUCCAGCAUCCGGGGAAAGUGGCUGCUGGGGCGCGGCGGCUGCAGCUGGUACGGCUUCAUCAACUCCUGCUUCGGUAUCGUAUCCCUCAUCUCUCUGGUGAUCCUCUCAUACGACCGCUACAGCACUCUGACUGUUUACAACAAGCGCGGACCAGACUACCGUAAGCCCCUGCUUGCUGUCGGGGGCUCUUGGCUUUACUCCUUGUUUUGGACAGUGCCUCCUCUGGUUGGCUGGAGCAGCUACGGCUUAGAGGGGGCUGGAACGAGCUGCUCCGUCUCCUGGACCGCUAAGACCGCUGAGUCACAUGCCUACAUCAUCUGCCUGUUUAUCUUCUGCCUGGGUCUGCCCAUCCUCGUGAUGAUCUACUGCUACAGCCGCCUGCUCUGGGCAGUGAAACAGGUUGGGAAAGUCCGGAAGACGGCAGCCAGAAGGAGAGAGUACCACAUAUUAUUUAUGGUUCUGACUACAGCAGCGUGCUACCUGUUGUGCUGGAUGCCGUACGGCGUCGUAGCCAUGAUGGCAACAUUCGGCCCACCCAACAUCAUCAGUCCCGUUGCCAGCGUUGUCCCCUCCCUGCUGGCCAAGAGCAGCACCGUCAUCAACCCUCUAAUCUACAUCCUGAUGAAUAAACAAUUCUACAGGUGUUUCCUGGACCUGUUCCACUGCACUCACUGGUCGUCAGAAAAAGGCAACACUUCGAUGCCCUCCAAGACGACAGUAAUCCCCUUGAACCGCAGAGUCCACAGCAACACAGUGGCCCAGAUCUCUACAGAUGCUCUCAACUAGUCUUACACCAACCGCUCCUCCCCUUCUCAACCUCAUGACCCAAGCAUGAAAGUCCCACCAGUGACCCAUCUGAACUAAUAUGCAGUCGUGACAGCUUCAACGAUUCCAAAAAUACUUUCCACGGGAUUUCAGAGGCUGUAUGCAAGGAUUAGCUUCCUCUCCGCUCAAGGCGAUGCUUGGCGAUGUCGUCUCGCACGAAGUCAGCCUUACGUGUCAUCCUAAACAUGUUGCACUGAUUGAGGUCAUGGCUUUCUGCUGCCACUUUGAUUUUCUUCCAUGCCAUAACCUUGGCAUGGAAGAAAAUCAAAUAAUGAAGUUAAUAGAAAAUAAUGCCAUACAUUUUCUACCAAUACAAUACUGUUCUGACAAUUUGCUUGCCAAUACAGAAAACAACCAACAGCUAAUGUUGCCAGAACCCAAGGAAGACGGAUGAUAUAGGUGAAUAAUAAUCUCUGGCAACACUUUUAUUUUUCUGUGAAAAAAAUAACAUGGCUGCUGUGUACUGGGCUUUUUCAAAGCGUACUUGUUUGAAUUUCUUUUUAUUUCCUCAAGCCAUCUUCUGGAUUCCUCUGCCACUCAAUUUCUGAGUAUUUAAAGGACUUUUUAAGGUAUAAAUUAAUCAGAAAUCCACUUCAUGUUUGCUCAGAUGUUCCCUUUAAGUCAAUUUGUACACCACUCUGUAUCAAUGCGUUACCAUUUCAUUCCAGCCUGCUUUUCAUAUCUUAAACUGUGUCAAACCCACGUAGGCCACCUGAUUCAUUUUUUGUGUAUAAUCUUAAGACCAAUUCAUUUUCAAAUAAAUGUCCUUCUAAAUUAGAUUUUAUUUGUAUUGAUUUUGGUUGCAAAUAAUACAAAAAAAAAGAUAAAUACUCUAUAUUUCACCUUUCAAGACACAAAUUCAAAAUGUUACAAAAAGCAAUUAAGUUACCGAGAAAGAUUCACCUACAUGGAUUUUCUCAAAACGCUGCUUUGCUUUCCUCCAAUAGUGUUGUGUUGACUUUAAUCAGUAUUAUCCUCCUAAUGACAUUUUAAUAAGGGGGACAUAACCAAUCGCUAUCAUCAUCUAUUCACACGUUCAUUAAAUAAAUCUGCUGAAGUGCAAGUAAGAUCAAGGAAUCAGACUGAAUAGCAUUUCCUUUUCUGAUACACAUGACACUACGGCUGAAUUAUUGCAGCACUGCAUCUGCUUUUAAAUGUUUUGGGGUUUUUUUCUGUUAAAAAAACUGGAAAAGGAAAAGCUUGAGUUUAUUCUUCAGUUAUUCACUCUGUCCUUGGAAAAGCCAGCCAAAUAGAAACUUCUGCCUUGCUUCAAAAUUUAGUCAUAAAUUUUGGGACUAAAACCUCUCCAGAGUUUUUUAGCACUUUGACUGUAAAUAAAGCAAAAUGUUUCAAAGGAUCACAAAGUACAUGUUCCACCACCAUUUAUCUUGUAUGUAGCCAAAACCUAAUAAAUUUGUCUUGUCAUAAUGUU